UCUCUUGCACAAGUACAUUCUGCCUGUUAAACACUCUAGCUGCUUUUUCUUUUGCCUUCAAUACAUUCUCAGCAAUCUGUUUUACCUGAUUCAUAUCUUGCUCAAAUUUCAUUUACUCGCUUCCCUCUUUUAUACGCUCAGUAACAGAAAAAUGGGGAACAUUUGCUGCUGCUGCUCAUGCUCUGCCCCCCAACAGGAUUAUCAAGAUGUUAUCGAGAAACUGAUCAAAGUGGAAGAGAUGAGCCACAUCGAUGAAUUGAUUUCUUACAUCGAUGACCUCUUGAAUACCAUUGACCAGGGAAGCAUUCAUUCAAUUGCCCUUCUUUCCAAGACGAAUCGAGUGACUUCUUCUAUCACUUCUGGUGGUACUUUAUUGGAGAUGAUAUUGAAGAGAUCUAACACACAUAUAUGCAAGAGGGACACUAUGCCAAUGCUUAACCGUGAAACACGGAAAUUGAUGAUUGAUAUAACAAAUCAAGCAGGGCGGAUUCAGUGGGUGGGAAUAACGCUUUCAGUUGUAGGUUUUGUGUUGGAACGAAUUGAGCAAGUUUCUUCCAACAGAGACGAAUGUAUAGAGCUGCUGAAAUACAUGUGUAACCUUGCAAAAUACACGAAGCAGUUGGAUGAUCAUUUGCCUCAGGAGAAGCUGAAUCGGGUCAUCCAAUUCAUUGUACAAGGCUCCCUCCUCUGCAUAUCGCAAUUGCAAUCUCAUCCACUCUUCAAAUUUUUCGCUGCUCCGGUUGCGGGUGAAGAUUUGCGGAGAUUGCAAGCACAACUUGGGCACGAGUACUCAGAGCUCUCAUUAGAGGCAAUAGUCGUUGUGUUGAAUAGGAGUGCCGAAGUAUUGAAUAGGAUUCCAGUUGUGCUACCUCCCUCCCAAGGAACAUCUCCUCAAGCAGGUACUAAAUUCUCUUUUAUUUGGGCUUCUGUUUAUGCUACAUCAAUCUUUUGCCUCACAAAAAUCCCCGAUCUUAGAGGUGAACUGUCCUGAAUGAAUGGUUUUUUUUGUCACCAAAUUCCUCUCUUUGGAUUGAAUUCAUAAUAUCUAGUUUCUAUUCCUUUCUGUGUUCAUGUUUUUUUUGUUAGAAUUGUGUAUGGAGGGACCAAUAAUGCAUCGGACAAAGUCAAUUAUUUUAUAUUCAUUAAUUAAAUAAACUAGCAAUUGCACCUUGGUGUGCAAUGGGUACGCCGAAUAAGCAUAGAAGGACAAUUGGAGUAUUUUUUGAUUAUUUUUUUGCCUACAUUUGUGUAGUAGAUGAGGUCAAUUGGUCGGUCAUUUAUCAAAUAAUGUUGUUUGUCUACCAUAGGUAUGAAUGGAGAAGUGAUAGCUUCAAAUCAAUUAUGCAUCCACUUACAAGGAUCUAAAGAUGAUUGAAAAAUCUUUGAAUUAGGAAGAUAAUCAGGUUCAAUUACCAAAAAGGUCAUGUUAUAUUUGCACCAAGGAGAGAGGAGGAUGGGAGAGAUAGAGGGGUAAAGAGGGAUAUAGAGAAAAUGAGAGGGAGAGAUAAAGAGAGAGAUAAGACAAAGAGACAUAGGGCUAGAAGAGAUAAGUAUAAUGAGAGGGAGAGAGAGGGAGAGAGGGAGAGAGAGGAAGAGAUGGAAAGAGGUGGAUCAUGGUAGGAAGUGAUGUAAGGA